UUAGACAGGAUCAGGCCACGUGAUUGCAUCUGUUGACGAUUGUAUCUGGAUUUGCACAAUGAAUUCGGCCUUUCACUGUGUCUGGUGCAAUGUCAUCGCCUCCCUAACUGGCAUUUACUGAGUAAAAUACACAGGGCUGUCAACUGCACACAUCCACAGCCUAACAAACGCAACCUCGGGUGUUGAGUCGAAAGUAAACGGAGAGGACAUGUAAAGCCAUCGUUUUAAAAAGGAGGAAUUGUAUACGCUGACUAAGGACAGCCCAUGAAGUUCACAUACCGAGCCUUGCUUUUAUGAGGUCCUGCUGUAGUUCUGGUCUGUCUCCAGUCUCCUGUCUAAAUGGCGAUAGCACGCCAGUUUGGAUUACUAUUGUGGAAGAACUACCUUCAGCAGAAGCGUCAGAUCCUGGUGACUCUCGUGGAGAUCACCCUGCCCCUGCUCUUCUCGGGAAUUCUCAUCGUGCUGCGCGAAAACGUGCCCUUCAAGGACUACCCCAACGCCACACUCUACCAGAGCUUCUCUGUGGAUGGCCUGCAGUACCCACUGGACAACUACCAUCACUACCAGUUGGCCUACGUGCCGGGCAAUGCCAGUGUGGUGCGGCGGGUGGCGGAGGACGUGCAGCGCAGCCUGGACCCCGUCAUCAGUUCAGUGCAUGGGUUUGAGACAGAGGAGCAGUUUGAGGACUUUGUGAGGAAGGACCCUCAGUCUCGGAAGGUUCUGGCUGCUGUGGUGUUUGAGCACUCCUUCACUCACGAUGACGAGCCACUUCCCCAACAGGUCAGCUACCACCUGCGGUUCAGCUUUAGUCCCCGUAAUGCCCCGGCCAAGGAGAAGUCUGAGCUAAACAUCAACAAUGACUUUGACUGGCACACCCUCAACUUGUUCCCCCUCUUCCAACUGCCCGGGCCCAGGGAGCAGUACGACCUCCAGGGGGGCACGCCUGGUUACUUCCGCGAGGGCUUCCUGGCAGUGCAGCAUGCGGUCAACCGGGCCAUCAUGCGUUCCUAUAACAGCACAGGAGCAGCCUGGCUCCUCUCCCACACCCGGGUGGUCCUCCGCCGAUUCCCCUUCCCGCCGUUCAUCUACGACGUGUUCAUCCUGGCCAUCCAGAACCAGCUGCCCCUCCUCCUGGUGCUCAGCCUCACCUAUACCUCGCUGAACAUCGUGAGGGCCGUGGUGCAGGAGAAGGAGAGGAAGCUCAAGGAGUACAUGCGGAUGAUGGGCCUCAGUAACUGGCUGCACUGGACGGCCUGGUUCCUCAUGUUCUUCCUCUUCCUCUCCAUCUCCAUGUUCUUCGUCACGCUGCUCUUCUGCAUCAAGGUGAGCCCUAAUGGAGCUGUGUUGACCUAUAGUGACCCCACCCUGGUCUUUGUCUUCCUGCUUGUCUUCGCCGUGGCAACCAUCAACUUCAGCUUCAUGAUCAGUGCCUUCUUCUCAAGAGCCAAUGUGGCGGCGGCGGUGGGCGGCUUUAUCUACUUCCUGUCCUACCUGCCGUACGUGUUUCUAUGGCCUCGCUACGACCUGCUUAGCCACGCCCAGAAGGUGUCUGCCUGCCUCAUCUCCAAUGUGGCCAUGGCCAUGGGAGCGCAGCUACUGGGCAUGUUUGAGGGCAAAGGCACGGGGAUCCAGUGGUGUAACCUGUUUGAGUCGGUGACGGUGGAUGAUGACUUCUCCCUGGCCCAGGUGCUGGGGCUGCUGCUGCUGGAUGCCCUGCUCUAUGGCCUGGUGGCCUGGUACGUGGAGGCUGUGUUCCCAGGGGAGUACGGAGUCCCCCUGCCCUGCUACUUCUUCCUACUGCCGUCCUACUGGUGUAGCAGCCCCCGCAUGGCCAUGGUGAAGGAAGAGGAAGACGUGGAGAAGGCUCUGAAGGGAGAGUUCAUCGAGGAGGAGCCAGCCGGACUGGUCUCAGGAGUCAAGAUCAAACACCUGAACAAGGAGUUCAAAGUGGGUAACAAGACGCGGCAGGCUGUCAAGGAUCUGACGGUGAACAUGUUCGAGGGCCAGAUCACAGUUCUGCUGGGGCACAACGGUGCCGGGAAGACCACCACACUGUCCAUGCUGACAGGUCUGUUUCCUCCCAGCAGUGGCAGGGCCUACAUUAACGGCUAUGACAUCUGUCAGGACAUGGCUCUGAUUCGCCACAGCCUGGGCCUGUGUCCGCAGCACGACGUGCUCUUUGACAACCUCACUGUCCGGGAGCACCUGCUAUUCUACACACAGCUGAAGGGGUAUUCCCAGGAGAAGAUUCCAGCUGAGGUGGACCGGAUCAUCAGGAUCCUGAACCUGGAGGACAAGCGGCAUUCCCACUCCAAGACCCUGUCAGGUGGGAUGAAGAGGAAACUAUCCAUCGGCAUCGGCCUCAUCGGAGACUCCAAGGUGGUGAUGUUGGAUGAGCCCACAUCGGGCAUGGACCCGUCGGCACGGCGGGCCACCUGGGACCUGCUCCAGGGCGAGAAGCGCGGGCGCACCAUCCUGCUGACUACGCACUUCAUGGACGAGGCCGACCUGCUGGGGGACCGUAUAGUCAUCAUGGCUGGGGGAGAGCUGCAGUGCUGCGGCUCGCCGCUGUUUCUCAAGAACAAAUAUGGUGCUGGCUACCACAUGGUGAUCGUGAAGGACGCGCUGUGCAACGUGUCUGAGAUCACACGGCUGGUCCACAUGUACGUUCCCAAUGCCACGCUGGAGAGCAGUGCUGGGGCUGAGCUCUCAUACAUUCUGCCCAAAGAGAGCACCAACCGGUUUGAGCUGCUGUUUGCAGAGCUGGAGAUGAACAGAGAGGAGCUGGGCAUCGCCAGCUAUGGAGCCUCUGUCACCACCAUGGAGGAGGUCUUCCUCAGAGUGGGGAAGCUGGUGGAUUCUAGCCUGGACAUCCAGGCCAUCCAGCUGCCGGCGCUGCAGUACCAACACGAGAGACGCUCCCAUGACUGGACCAUGGACGACACCAGCAGCUACAGCGGCAUGACGGACGUCACCGACUUCACUGACAGCGGCACGCUCAUCUCCGAGGACUGCUCCAACAUCAAGCUCAACACCGGGGCCAGACUGUACAUGCAGCAGUUCUAUGCCAUGUUCCUGAAGCGGGCGCUCUAUAGCUGGAGGAACUGGAAGGUGAUUGUGGCCCAGUUCCUGGUGCCCCUGGUGUUCACUGUGCUGGCCCUGGUGGUGGCAAAGACCUUCCCCGGGCGCCACGACUCACCGCAACUGAGGCUGGCACUGGGCCGCUAUGGCCCCACCACUGUGCCCGUGGCCCUGGAGCCCGGCAAGGGACCGCUGGCAAUUGCCCUGGCACAGGUGUAUUCCUCGCAAUUGGCUGCCCAGAAAGCCCAGGAUGUCAAUAUUAGCGACUUCACAGAGUACGUGCUCACCAAGACCGAGGAGGAGGGCGGGGCAUUCAACGAGCGCUGCGUGGUGGGUGCAUCGUUCAGCGGCGGCACGGGGAAGUUCGUCAAGGUCACGGCCUACUUCAAUAACCAGGGCUACCACACGGCCGCUACAGCCCUGAUGAUGGUGGACAACACCCUGUUCAAAAUGCUGGCAGGGCCCAAUGCAUCGAUUAUGACGGGAAACAUGCCCAUGCCCCGCAACAUCUCCGAGAGCGCCCAGAGUCAGCUGACAGAAGGUCAGACGGGCUUCGCCAUCGCCAUCAACCUGAUGUAUGGCAUGGCAUCCCUGUCCAGUACCUUCGCCCUGCUCCUGGUCACAGAGCGUUCACUCAAGUCCAAGCACGUACAGCAGGUCAGCGGCGUCUACCUCUCCAACUUCUGGUUCUCUGCACUGCUCUGGGACCUGGUCAACUUCUUCCUGCCCUGCAUGCUCAUGCUGGUGGUGUUCCGGGCGUUUGGGGUCAAGGCCUUCAUAGCAGACAACCACCUGGUUGAUGUGUUAUUAAUCCUGCUGCUAUAUGGCUGGGCCGUCAUCCCCCUCAUGUACCUGCUCAGCUUCCUGUUCUCUGCCGCUGCCACCGCCUACACCCGCCUCACCAUCUUCAACAUCAUCAGCGGCACCGCCACCUUCCUCACCGUCACCAUCAUGACCAUCCCAGAGCUAAAUCUACAGGACCUGUCUCGUAACCUGGACAAGGUGUUCCUGCUCUUCCCUAACUACUGCCUGGGCAUGUCCUUCAGCCAGUUCUACCAGAACUACCAGUUCAUCACCUUCUGCACCUCCAACCCCAUUGCCACGGCCUUCUGCCGUGCUUUGAACAUCACGUACCAGGAGAACUACUUCUCCAUGUCAGAGCCGGGGGUGGGGCGUUUUCUGGUGGCCCUGUCCCUGCAGGGUGUAGUCUUCAUCACCCUCCUCUUCAUCAUCGAGAUGCAGUGUGUCAAAACCCUCCGCCGCUUCCUCACCCGCCUCGCCAGCAGACGUAAACAGCUGCCUCUGAUGGGGGAUGUGGCCCUACUGCCGGAGGACAGGGACGUAGCGGAGGAGAGGAAGAGGGUUCUGGAGUGUUCGCCCAUAGUAGAGUCUAUGGUGGGGAGCCCACUCAUACUGCAGGACCUCAGCAAGGUAUACAGCAGUGGAGAAACAGUACUGGCGGUAGACAGACUCUCUCUAGCAGUGGGGAAAGGAGAGUGUUUUGGCCUGCUGGGUUUCAAUGGAGCAGGGAAGACCACCACCUUCAAGAUGCUCACCGGGGACGAGACCGUCACCUCUGGCGAUGCCUACAUUGACGGCUACAGCAUUCUGAGGGAUGUCAAGAAGGUACAGCAGCGGAUUGGCUAUUGCCCGCAGUUCGACGCUGUCCUGGAUCACAUGACAGGAAGAGAAACGCUGAGCAUGUACGCUAGGCUCCGGGGGAUUCCAGAGAAAUACGUGUCGGGCUGCGUGGAGAACGUGCUACGGUCCUUACUACUGGAGCCCCAUGCUGACAAACUGUGCCGCAGCUACAGCGGGGGCAAUAAGAGGAAGCUGAGUGCGGCUGUGGCUCUGAUUGGUGGACCCCCGGUCAUCUUCCUGGACGAGCCGUCCACUGGCAUGGACCCGGUUGCUAGGCGACUGCUGUGGGACGCCGUGACGCGCACCCGAGAGUCUGGAAAGGCCAUCAUCAUCACUUCUCACAGUAUGGAGGAAUGCGAGGCUCUGUGUACCCGGCUGGCUGUGAUGGUGAACGGUCAGUUUAAGUGUCUGGGCAGUCCCCAGCACCUGAAGAGUAAGUUUGGCAGUGGCUACACACUACUGGCUAAAGUACGAGUGGACAAGGAGGUGGAGGAUAGCGACCUGCAACUCUUCAAGGACUUCAUCGAGAGCACCUUCCCAGGAAGUCUACUAACAGAUGAACACCAGGGCAUGGUGCACUACCACUUAACUGACAAGACUCUCUCCUGGGCACAGGUGUUUGGCACCUUGGAGGCAGCCAAAGAGAAGUACAACAUCGACGACUACGCUGUGAGCCAGAUCUCCCUGGAACAGGUGUUCCUCAGCUUCGCCCAGUUCCAGCACUGCAGCAGGAAAUAGAUGGCGCGAGGUGGAAGAAGAGGGGGAGCUCCAUCUCUCUGUUUCUCUCUUUUUCUGUCUGUCCAUCCGUCGUGUGUAUCUCUCCACUCUGUGUGGAUGACCUGUGUACAUGGACUCGACUAUGUGACGCGCCACUGAGCUAUGAUCAGGUCUUGAUCUACACACACAGACAGACACUGUGCAGUGAUGGAGCAGAGGUUGACUCCAUGGACACCCGGACUUCAACGUGGCCAUGUAACCCCAGCUCCCUCUAACCCCGCUGGGCUUGGACCGCCAACCAGACUGGACCCGUUGAUCCAAGCCUGGGUCUUAACCAUCAACCACUCCUUUCUCUUCUGUUCAAUCAGUUUGUGUGUUGAACAUUUAGGUCAGUCCAGAGGCAAGGUUAGGGUUAGGGAGUUCGGUUUUGGGGGUGGGGG